AUGCCAGCCACCAAGAAGCACGUUGUGUUCGAUAUUGUCGGUACCAUUGUUACUUACGAUUCCAUCCUCGAUGCUCUCGAGAACAGACUGGGCAAUCGCCUCCGUGCUGAAGGCGUCAAGCCCUCCAUGCUUGGCUAUAUGUGGUUUGAGAUUUCUGAGCGAGAGUACACUUAUCUCAGCAUCACUGGACGGUACCACCGCUUCUACGACGUCUUCUGCAGCCUAUUCUACCGCAUGCUAUGGAUCGGUGGUAUUAAGGAGCCCAGGUCCUUUGCCUCGGAUGAGGAUCUUGCUCACAUUGUGAACCAUUUCAAGAGCCUUCCACUGCGCGAAGGGGCUGCUGAGUGCCUGCAACUCCUACGCGACGCCGGCUUCACCGUUUGGGGUUUUACGGCUGGCGACACGGAGCAGGUCAGGGGCUACUUCUUAAACAAUGGCAUCGACAUGCCCAUCGAGAAUUUCGUCUCGUGUGAUGACGCCGGUGUCGGCAAGCCAGCACUUAACUCGUACCGACCCCUGUUGGAUCGCCUUGGUGAUGCGGAGAAGUGGUUCGCAGCAGCGCACAUGUGGGACGUGUCUUCUGCCAAGCAAGCUGGAUACAGGGGUGCCUAUUGCACCAUCUUGGAGAAGGAGUCAUGUGCUGACAUAUUUGGCGAGAUGGACGUUAUGGCCGAUACACUCCCCGAUAUGGCUCGCAGGAUCAUCAAGGCGUCUGAGGCCCAAGCCUAG